GCUAAAUUGUUUUGGUUCGCAACAGAGCGUUUGAGAAAGUUUUAACUUCACUAAUACUUAUCUUUGAACCAUACCACUUCAAGAUAGGGUGAAGCCGAUAGACGGUUAAAGAUGUCGUCCGUCAAUCAACAAUCGUCAAGGAAUGUGCAUCAAGUUGUCAGGGAUAGCAAGAAGGACAUGACUGAUAUGGAGCAGACUCUAUCCAAGCUCCGUGCACUGUCAGAAGAUGAUAAAACAGAAGCUGGGAUGCUGAGAUCUCGCAUUGAUGAACAGUCCCAGCUUAUUAUGAUCCUCAAACAGCGAGCUGACGAGGCUGUGAUUCGGACUCAAACUCUUGAUGCUAUAAAUAAAGAAUUGAUGGAAUUUCGAGACAAUGCCAAUGAGCAGUUGCAGCAUGAGAUACGUAAAUUCAAUAUUUUAGAUUCCAGGUUUAAUGACUUGGCAUCAAAUCAUGAGGAAAUGAUCAAGUACAAAGAUGAGUACAAGAGAGUCAAUCAAGGGCUGAGAGCUGAGAAUGCCAAAUUGAGAGAAGACAAUGCUAAACUGUUCUCACAAGCUAUUGCAGAGAGAGAUCAACAGAUAGAAGAGCUUGAUAAGAAAUGUUCAGAGAUAAAGUCACAAUACACUGUUAUAGAACAGAGAUGCAGGCAAAUGCAGUCCGAAUUUAAGCAGAAAGAAGAAAUGUACAAGUCUGAGAAUCAGAAUAUGCAUGAUACACACCGCAGCGAGAUGUCCGCACUAAAACACAAACUACAGGAUACGGAGGAGAGGUUGAAAGGAGCCACACACAAGCUCCAGCUGCAGAUUGACAGCAAGCAGUCCGCCAGUUCCGAGGCCAGCUGUAAGAUCGCCCAGCUGUCCCGGGAGAAGGACGAGCUCCUUGACCUUGCCAUGCAGAGGGGGAAGCUCAUCACGAAGGAACAGACAGACAACAAGAUUCUGCAGAGGAAAGUGGAGGAGAUGGAGAAGUCUGUCCGGAAGAUGGAGGAGAAAUUUCAAUCUGAGGCAUCAUCGGUCAAUGCCAACAUCCAAGUGCGGAAGUUACGUGAAGACUUAUCGGAAGCCAACAUAAGACAAAAAGAAGUUCUCAAGGAAUUUGAUGCCUUCAAGAAACACUCCAACAAUCUGCUGCAGAAAGAACGGGAACUCAAUGAAAGGCUGAGACAUCUGGUUGGCUGAUGUUACACAGUCAGUGAUUGGCCACUUCAGAAACAGGCUGAAAACAUUGCAUCUAAUUCGCUGAAUCCUCCGAGGUCAAGGUCAAUAUAGCAAGAGCACACAGGAUGUCAGGUCAAACAAAUGCUAUCCUCAGUAUUUGUCCCCAAUAUAAUACCAUCAGUAUUUAUUCGGAGAAACUCUGCUCUUUUUACAGCAGACUUAUUGAUAAAGAGUGUCAUUCCUUGGCAUUUGCAACUUGAAAAUCCAUUUUAGAGGGAAACUAGGCAUUGGCAAAAUCCUUCGUUUUGUUUGCAAGUUGUUCAAAUGCCACUUUUCUGUCAACUCAAAUUAUAUAAUACAGUUAAUAAUUAACCUGAUUACAUUAAGACAAGAUCUCCGUUUCACAGAGGGCAGGAGGUAAAACAUUUUGACCUCUGCCUCGUUCCACAAUGCGAUCCUAUUGCAUACCCGCCAUAAGUAUGUUAAAUUGGGAGUCUUGAACCUCUACGCGCAAAGAUCGCUUUGUGUCGUGGGGCCCAAGACUAAAGGCUAGACUCUAUUUAAAGAUAUUAUUUGUAUUCAGUUACUCCAUAUACAGUAUCACUCAUGUUGUUUUAGUUAAUAUGACCCAAAGGUGAUCUAGGGGGCACGGGUGGCCCAGUCUGAGGUGCCGUGAUUCGCUGUGCAGAGUUGUGUCCCUUGGGCGUGCCAGAAACCUAUGAUUGUGGGUUCGAAUCCCGGUUCACCCCUAUAAUGUUUCUAGGUUUGUCAGCACCAUACCCGUGCUCGUGGGUUUCACCAAAGUGGUAAACAUCUGACAACUGUAUCACUUCGGGCUUUCCUCCCACAUUAAGCUGACACGCCGCGAUAUAACUGGAAUACUGUUAAAAGCGGCAUUAAACCCAACUCACUCACUCACUCACUCCAAGAGGUGAUCUGGUUAUUGUGAAGGAAUAAUUCAAUACAUUGUAAUUCCAUAUGCAUGGACUUCAACAUGUUAGGACAUCUAUUUGAUAGAAGUUCCAUUGAGUCCGUCCAUCGUUUAGAAGUCGAAAUGAUAGAUUUUCAUUAUUUUUUAAUCAAGAUGAUAUGAAGCCCAGUUGCUUCCAAAGUGACAAGAAUUCCACUGAAGUCUUACGAGUACCAAGUUGUUUUUAAUAUAUUCCAGUUAUGUACCAGUGCCUGCUCUCUUGGCAGAUGUCCUUACUGUGAUCAAUUGUUUUAUCUUAUGCUUGUAUUUUACCAAUUUUAUCAGUUUACAAGAGGAAUUACCGUAUUUGAACCAAUCCGUCCAUGGUGUAGUCUUCCCAACUGAUGCCAAAGCUGUUGUCUGUCAUUGUCAUGUAGGUCUGACAUUUCAGAAAAUACAAACAGGCACGAUUUGUACUCCUCCUUAUCAGUACUGCUGAUUAGUAUUAUAACUCUGCUCAUUGAACAUCAAUUUGUACCAAGCUUGUCUUACUGUUCGUUCUUGCCAAAACAUGUUUCUACUAUUAAGAAAUGUAUGUAUGGCCUUGAAUUGAAGUGUUUUGUGUCUACAAGUUGUGUGGAGAGAACCAUUUAAGGCAGUGUUACAUUUAGAAUAGCUUUAUUUAUCGAGGUUAUGCUGGAGUCAACAUCCAAGCCUAUUCGUCUCCAUUCCAAAUGAUGAAUUAAAGCUUUGUAUUACACAA